AUGUAUCCGCGAUUCCUAGACCGCAACUAUCCGCUGGCCAAGCAUCUGUUCUUCGUGACCAGAUACUCGUUUGGCCUGCUGGGCCUGGGAUUUGACCAGAAGCCGUUGUCGUGGUUCCAGCCCACCUGGCUGGUGUUCAAUUUCGUGAAUCUGGCGCACUGCUGCCAGGCGGAGUUCGUCUUCGGCUGGAGCCAUUUGCGCACCAGUCCCGUCGAUGCCAUGGAUGCCUUCUGUCCGCUGGCCUGCAGUGCCACCACGCUCUUCAAGCUGGGCUGGAUGUGGUGGCGUCGCCAGGAGGUGGCCCAUCUGAUGGAACGCAUCCGGCUGCUGAUCGAGGAGCAGGAGCAUCGGGGCGACGCCCGCCGAGAUACGGCGCAAAGGAGCUACUACGUGAUGGUCACGAGGUGCGGCAUGCUGGUUUUCACCCUGGGCAGCAUCACCACUGGCGCCUUUGUGCUGCGUUCCCUUUGGGAGAUGUUCGUGCGUCGGCAUCAGGAGUUCAAAUUCGACAUGCCCUUUCGCAUGCUGUUCCCUGAGUUUGCCCAUCGUAUGCCCUGGUUCCCGGUAUUCUAUCUCUACUCCACGUGGAGUGGACAGGUCACCGUUUAUGCCUUUGCCGGAACCGAUGGCUUCUUCUUUGGCUUCACCCUCUACAUGGCCUAUUUGCUGCAGGCCUUGAGAUACGAUGUUCAGGAUGCCCUCAAGCCACUAGAGGAACCAUCAGUUAGGGAGUGCCAAAUCUGUUGUCAGCGCUUGUCGAACAUUGUGGAUCGUCACAAUGAAAUCGAGAGGAUUGUCCAAAUGUUCUCUGACAUCAUGGCAGCUCCUACUUUUGUGCACUUUGUAUCGGCCAGUUUGGUGAUAGCCACCAGUGUGAUUGAUAUUCUAUUGUACUCUGGCUACAAUAUCAUCCGAUAUGUGGUUUACACCUUUACUGUUUCAUCGGCUAUAUUCCUUUAUUGCUAUGGUGGCACUGAAAUGUCCACUGAGAGCCUUUCUUUGGGCGAGGCUGCGUACAGUAGUGCCUGGUAUAAAUGGGAUCGGGAGACCCGCAGGCGGGUUUUCCUCAUCAUACUGCGAGCUCAACGACCCAUUACAGUGAGGGUGCCCUUCUUUGCACCUUCAUUGCCUGUCUUCACAUCGGUCAUCAAGUUCACUGGUUCCAUUGUGGCUCUGGCCAAAACCAUAUUGUGA